AAACCACUUCUCUUGUCUUUUUCUUUACAGAUCUAUUUUUUUGCGAUGGAUUUUUAUAACGGAGGGGGUAAAGAAAAAAAACGUCACGCACACAUGCGCAUAUAGGGUGCCACACUGACGCAUCGUUUGUUGUAUAGUCAACUGUUUUUUGCUGGACUGAGGCAUGCCUGUAGCGGAUUAUUGUUUUUACCGCAUUCAACAGUGUUUUCAAAGCGAGGGGCGAAAGUCAAGGCUGGAACAGUGGAGGCUCGCGUAUGGAGAGGGAUCCGCUAAAGUAAUGCCGCUUAUCCUCUGAGAAUGGGGGGUGAAAUCUAGGCGCUGAACUGAGGCAUCACGAUCCAAAUGUGAAAUCUCACCAGUGGUUUUCCGACGAUGCCGACUUGGACACUUUUGCCAUGGAGCUGCGAGCUGUAAGAGUCAAAAUAAACAGCAGGAGCAGGUUUGGUGGCACAAAGCUCUUUUUUGCGCAUCUGGAGGGGGAUAACCUACACAUCGUGCAGCUAUAAAGUGCGAUUAAAAAAUCGCCCCUAUAUGUGGAUUGAUUUUUUUUUCCUGCUCUCUCUUCUCAGCAUUCCCUCAGUCAGUCGACGGAUUUUUGCCAUUACAGCUCAGUAGAGGGUGUCAGAUUGUUCUUAGAGCACCGCGCUAGGAUGAACACUGUCUUCCUCUUUUUGUGAUUCCCCCCCAAAUCGCGACAGCAAAGAGGGGCGAAAACGAGCGAGGCAAGACGCCGAUGGAUGUAAGGGGGGAUGCGGGUGUUUUGCAGCGGUGGGAUCGCCUCUGAAGCUCCAGCGCAGGGUGUGAAUUCAGCACCAGGGGAGAGGGAACAGCUCCCGACGCCGCAACACGCAGCACGACUCGGGGAGAAAAAGGCACGGAUUUGCUCGGUUUUUUCCUGCCAAGGUCAGUGUUAAACGAACUGAAAGGAGCCAGGAAGAUGCGCUGGACUCUACUGUCGCUCGCUGUUUUUGAUUUUGAUCAUAAACACGCGGAGGCUGCGAGGAUUCAGUCGUGAAAGAGACGUUUAUGUGGGCAUUUUCAAACUGGAAGUCUGGACACAAGUGCAGGUUAGAUGCAGCAUGGAUCUGUUAUAAAAGACUGCCUUAUCCUCUCCCUAAAUGUCUCUAUCCCCCCUGUUUUUUUUCUUCUCACUGAUGCAGACUGAAUUCACAGCUCGUAUGUCUUGAAACCGGGAAUGAAUUGUCCACGUUGAAAAAUGCUGCUUUGGAUUGUUCUGCUGAAUGCGGCUCUUUGUGUUGCUAGUGGAAAUGUUACAAGGGACGUUUGUAAGGAGCAGAUAUGCUCUUGCAACGAGAUCGAGGGAGAUCUGCACAUAGACUGCGAAAAAAGGAGCUUCACCACUCUGCAGCAUUUGACUGGCCCGAGCUCGCAGUUUUACCACUUGCUGUUGCACGGGAAUUCUCUAUCCAGGCUAUUUCCCAACGAGUUCGCCAACUUUUACAAUGCUGUGAGCCUGCAUUUGGAAAACAAUGGUUUGCACGACAUUGUCCCCGGCGCAUUUCUGGGAUUGCAGCUGGUGAAAAGGCUGCACAUCAAUAACAAUAAGAUAAGAUCAUUCAGGAAGAGUACAUUUCUGGGGUUAGACGACUUGGAAUAUCUCCAAGCUGAUUUUAAUCUAUUGAGGGAUAUUGACCCCGCCGUUUUCAGGGACCUAAAUAAACUUGAAGUGUUAAUACUUAACGACAACCUCAUCAGUGCGCUACCUAUAAACGUGUUUCAACAUGUGCCCAUUACGCAUCUCGAUCUGCGGGGAAACCGAAUCAAAACGUUGCCUUAUGAGGGGAUCCUUGAGCAAAUACCGGGCAUUGCGGAGGUUUUGUUGGAGGACAACCCGUGGGACUGUAACUGCGACCUGGUUUCUCUUAAGGAAUGGCUGGAGAACAUACCGCAUAACGCGCUUAUUGGGAGGGUGAUAUGCGAGGCUCCCACCAGGCUGCAAGGGAGCGACUUAAACGAGACGUCAGAAGCGGAUCUGUGCCCUUCACAGAGCGGCGGUGUGGACACCAGCCUGGUCGCCCCUCCCACCCAGGAGGAGACCUCGGAGACCGCGGCCCAUGGCCCGCGUCCCACGCCUUACAAGCCCAAUGGAGACACCAGUGGGCCCCCGACGCCUGGCGGCCACGGACCCAAGAGUCGCUCCAAAUCUCGUGAGAACUGGCAGCUGAAAACGAAGCCCACUCCAGUGGUGACAGGUGUGAACGGGGACAGAGAGCAGCUGCACAACAUGACGUGCCCCCAGCCAUGCAACUGCAAGCUGGUCGGCUCCAGACAGGGGCUGGGGGUCAACUGCGAGGGCAAAAAGAUCGAGAGCUUAGCCAACCUCAAACCUAAGCCCUUUGGCGCGCACGAGCUGAACAUGAGAGAUAACAACAUACACGCAGUGAAAAAGAACCAGCUGCUCGGCUACACCAGCCUCAACCUGCUUGAUCUGGGUGGGAACAACAUCAAGGUGAUUGACAACAGCACUUUCCAAAACCAGAGCGAGCUCAGAUGGCUGUAUAUGGAUAAGAACUAUCUGGAUACGCUGAUAGCAGAGAUGUUUGUGGGCCUUGUGAAUCUGGAAUAUCUCAGUUUGGAAUACAACGACAUCCAGCUGAUAGUGGCAGGUGCGUUCAGCCCCAUGCCAAACCUGAGGGUUCUGUUCCUCAAUAACAACUUGCUGAAAUCUUUACCAGUGGAUGCUUUCCUUGGGAUUUCUUUGUCCAAAAUUAGUCUGCAUAAUAAUUAUUUCCCCCACCUCCCCGUGGCUGGAGUGUUAGACCAGCUCAAUUCAAUCAUACAGAUCGAUUUGCACGGGAACCCGUGGGAUUGCUCGUGCAACAUCGUGCCCUUCAAGCAGUGGACGGAGAAACUCGGGGCCGAUGUGAUAGUGAGCGAUCUCAAGUGUGAGUCCCCUGAAGAGUUUUGGAAGCGAGAUUUCCGCUACGUCCGGAACGACCUCAUGUGCCCCAAACUCUAUGACAAAGUCUCCCCCACACCCCUGUCCAAAAACAGCACUUUCACCCUGGACUCGGGGACGCGCUCGAACUCUUAUUUGGAGCCGAACAGGGUCUCCAUCUCCGUGCUCGUCCCCGGGUUGCUGUUGGUGUUUGUCACGUCCGCUUUCACUGUCGUAGGAAUGCUUGUCUUUAUUUUGCGGAAUCGAAAGAGAUCAAAGCGGAGGGACGGGAACUCGUCCGCCUCGGAGAUCAAUUCCUUGCAGACAGUGUGUGACUCGUCUUAUUGGCACAGCGGGCCUUACCACGCAGACGGGGGCGCGCACCGGGGCUUCGACUGCAGCACGCACCUCUCCACGACAAAUGAUGCGUAAAAGGGACUCUGCUGUAGUCUAGUACAAUAAGCCCACACCAGACUGGAUUACAAACAGUCACACAGACAGACUGACGCACAGAAAUGACUGAUCCGCUUUUUUGUUCGUCCAGAGGGCGAACACAGACUUGUUUAUGUCUUGUUUUCUCCAGUUGAACCAAGUAAGUCAGUCUGCUGCUGCUGCACAGGCCCCACUCUGUAAUAUAUGUAUAUGCCAAGCCCCCCUGGCUAAAACCCCUCCCUCCCUCCUCCUCCCAGUUCUGCUAUUUGCCGCAAUCGGACUACGGAUCUGUAUGAGACAGAAAAGAGGGAGAAAAAGGAGCGAGGGAGAGGGCGUGUGUGUGAGAGGGAGAGAAAGAGAAAGAGAGAAAGCGAGAGCAAAGACCGAGGACCCGGGGAAUGGUGCACGAACGCAUGAAUGUAAAUGUAAAUACUCGGACCGAUGUAUCAUAAUCUGCAUGAUGAUAUUUCGCAUGGUUUCAACACACAAACACACACACACGCGCGCGCGCGCGCGCGACGGCGAGGAACCAUAACCACCAUAACCAACAAAGAAGCGACCCUUUCAUGUUAUAUCAAUAUGACAAUAUAUAGAUAUUAAGAAUUAUAUAUGACUAUUACAAAGUGCCAUUUCUCUAUUUUUUGUGAACCUGCAGUUAGGAUUUGUAUUUGUUGUUUUAAACUUGUUUGGAGAAAAGAGAAGAAAAAAAAAUCAAUAACGGAUGACUAUCGGAAAGGAGCGAUGGAAGUGAAGCUGUCAGUGCAUGUUCUUUUUUCUGUUUGUUAUCAUUUGAUUGUCGAUAAAUAUUGGGGUUAUUUAUACCGUACUAGAUGGUGCAGAUUAAAUCCAUGUCUGCGCAGUCAUCUCCUUUAUGAAUGUAAAACUGUGUUAUUUUAUGGUGUGCCAAUUGUUGACUUUCAGAUAUUCAGACAUGCAGAUGAGCAUGACCAAUUAACGUCACUCAGAUGCUUAUGCUGCAAAGUUAAUGUAGCUAAAAUAACAGUUCCGUGGUUUUGUGUGUCAAUGAAUAUAGCCUGCUUUGGGGUGAGAGGAAAAAAAAUAUAUCAAGAAGUCAUUUAAAUGGGGGGUUUAUACCAUCAUAUUUUUUCAACAACUGAGCAAAGAAGUGUUUUCAAUUUGAGCUAUGUAAUUCGAUCUAUGUAAACAGCGCAGGUAGACAGAUAUAGACUAGAAUGCUUUUUUUAAUGUCAGAAAAAAAAGUAUUCCUCCACAAAAAAGCUUAUGGCUAUGAUUCACUUUCAUCAUAUUGUGAGCUUUUGUAAAGCCAUCUAAUCUUGUCCAAAUAAGAGAACUGAAACUCACUGUAUUUACUACAAAAUGUGCUUGAAACAGGCUGUUUUUGGGGUGUGUGUGUGUGUGUGUGUGUGGGGUGUGUGGGUGGGGGUUCUUGCUUUCUAACAAACCAACCGGAGCCAUGCUAUGGAGAGAACUCAGCAUGUGGCCAGUCCAUAAGACACAGGAAGUGUCACUGAGGGGGGACGAAGAGACAGAGAAAAAAAAAGGCACACACACACAUAUACGCAGGAGGUAAUUUGAUAAUGCAAGAUGCCUUUUUCAAUUCAGCAUUUUGAACUUGAGAUACUCUUCUCGGGAGGGGAGGGCAGGGGGGGUCGCAUGGUAUUUUGUGGGCUCGUGAAAACAAUGCCAUGACUGAAUACCUGUUUUGCAGAGCUCAGCUGUCGGGUCUGCUGCUUAGCCUAUACUGCUUUAACUGAGCGUGGAUUUGGAAAAAAAAAAAAAAGAAGAAUUAAAUCGUUGGGGCAUACAAGUAUUCAAAAAAUCUCUGCAGUGUCUAAAACAGAAUGUGCAAUCUCAUUUUUUUCCAUUUAUUUGUAAUUAUAAUGUAAUAUUCCAGUGCUAGUGACAUCUUUUGACUUUGCCAAUUGAUUUCCUCUUAAAGAAACCCAUUCUAAGACGCCUAAUUUAGACCAGAUCUCAGCAUAAUUCGGCAACAAUCUAGCUAAGAUGCCAUGGCCCAUCGCAAUGAGAGUGUACAGAGUUGAUGUGAGACGGGCUUACACCCCCUAACUCUCCCUCACCCUCCUUCCUGUUCCCCCAGCUCGCAGGCCUCCAGUAUCCCCUCCAGUAUACAGACUAUCGCUGUCCAUGGUGCUGAAUCACUUCCCCUGCUUUCUCCGUCUGCCUGUGUGAGGACAAAUGAGCGAGAGAGAUGUUGCGUGCCAAUUCGCAUGUAUGUGUACACACCCCUUCCUGUCCCUGCUGUCACCCCUCCCUCCCCCCCAUUACAAACAUGUAACCAUGUGCAGCUUGACCUUGGGGACUAACAUUUCAGUGACACUCAUCAUCCCUCCCUUAGUGCAUUUCUAUCCUUCCCCCUUCAACUUCCCUGCUUUUCUGUCCAGUCACACUGGGUGGUGGUGGCAGCGGUGGUGGUGACUCGAGGUUGGGGGGUCUAGGGGUAACUACGUGUCUCUUCUGUGGAGUAUUACUGUGCCACAGCCCACUGAUGAUUUGUCAUAAUUUUCAAAACGCUGUGUUUCAAAGUUACAUUUAUAUGCUUUGCGAUAUUUGACCUGCUUCUAUUUUGUUAAAUAAAGUGUGGUUGA